AUGGUAGAUAUGGGACUACAACGAGAGGAAGCGAGAGAGCAUGAGGAAGAGACGUAUUACUACGAUAAAGGCAAGAACGCUGCACAGGCUUAUGAAAAAAUUUGUGCUAUUUACGGUGAAGAUACUCUAUCAAAAUCAAUAACACGGAAAUGGUUCGCUUGUUUUCGUACUGGAAAUUUCGAUGUGAAAGAUAAAUCUCGCUCCGGUCGACCAAUCACUAAAAAAUCCGAUGAAAUCAUGAAAAAAGUCGAGCGUGAUAAGUACUGUGGAGAUUGUCAGGGAACUAGGCACGACUACAAAACAGUUUUAAAUCAUUUACACAAAGCUGGAUACAAAAAGAAGCUCGAUGUUUGGAAUGAAUUUGAGCCAUUUCUGAAGAGAAUGAUAAUUGGUGAUGAAAAAUGGAUCACGUACGACAAUCGAACUCGCAAAAGAUUGUGGAUAAAGGAAGGAGAGAAGGCACAAGUAAUCGCAAAAUCUGGAUUGACGACGAAGAAGGUUGUGUUUGUGGUGGAAUUGGAAGGGAAUCGUUCACUAUGA